AUCCAAUCAAUGGAUAAAGUUUUAAAUUGUUUCUUGUAUAGAACCUUUUCAAACAGUUGUUCGUAUGAUAAGGUUGUUACCAUUAAAGUGGUUUUAUCAACAUGCUUAAAUACAAUAAUGGCUCCUUACAUCCAAUAUUCAAUAUUGAAUAGAUCUCAAUCACUAGUACCUGGUUUAUGCAAAGAGACCACCUUUAGUCAAUUUUUUAGUAAUUUCAAUUGGAAGAGUCACCUGUCUAAUGUAUCUGUUGGGCUAGUUGCCGCUGGAGUUCAAUUAAUAAUCAUAGCGUUACUACCAAAAGAUACCUCCAAAAAUGAAGAUAUAAUUGAUAAUGAAAAAGAUGACAAUGUUUGA